CUCGGUGUGGCACGCGCGGUGUGCUGUGUUCCGCGCGAGUGUGUGGAGCAGCUCUGGAGUGUGACACACCGCAGCACGAGAGGCGAAGGCGGAGCUGACUCGGUCUCUCUCUGCACGAGCUCACAGGCGGCGCUCUGCUCGAGGAUCUCGACACGUCACGCCGAGUCUAGCGGGAAACAGCGGCUCUCAGUCGGGAUGAAGGCACGGAUCGCGCCGCGCUCGUCCGCCGGAGAAUAAGCGCGAGGAUCUGCUGACGCGGGGGAGGAGAAUACCGACUGCAUGAGGAGCGCGUUAUAGACGCGUCCUUCUCCAGGCUCCGCCGCUUUACUCCCGCGCGAUGGACACGACGGAGCGCGACGCGUUCACGCCUCUGCUGGAGGACUUUCUGCGCUCUCCUCUGGUGUGCUGGGUGAACACCGUCUCUCCGCUGGGCUCCGGAGGCUCUCAUCUGUCGGACUUCAUGACUUUAGUGGACGGGGUUCAUCUCAAUGACGUCAUGACUGACAUAAACCCAAAGAGCAGUGUUCAGCGAGUCCACAGGAAGGUCAGGAACGACCCAGCACUGCGCAUCCAGAACCUGUCCCUCCUCGUGCAGCAGAUCAAGUCCUGCUAUCAGGAGACGCUGCAGCAGCUGGUGGUGAUGUCACUUCCUGAUGUGCUGGUGCUGGGCAGGACUCCUCUCAGCGAGCAAGGACUGGAGGAGAUGAGGAAGAUCCUGCUGCUACUGCUGGGCUGUGCUGUACAGUGUAACAGGAAGGAGGACUACAUCGACCGGAUCCAGACGCUGGACUUUGACACACGUGCAGCCAUCGUCGCUCACAUUCAGGAGGUGACCCAUAACCAGGAGAAUGUCUUUGACCUUCAGUGUGUGGAGGAGAGUGAGUGUGUCCCACACGAUAAAGAUGCCAUCAUUAGACAGCUGACCUUUAACCUUAAGCGCCUCGUUGACGAGAGAGACCAGCACGCUGAGGCGAUCGUGGCUCUGACUCUGGAGCGGGACAGUGCGCUCGCCCCGUCGCCCGGAGACUCGUCCGGCAUGAGACGCACAGAGAGCGUGCAGCAUCUGUCCGUGGAGCUGGCCGACGCUAAAGCCAGGAUCAGACGCCUGCGGCAGGAGCUAGAGGAGAAGAGCGAGCAGCUGCUGGACUGCAGACAGGAAGUGGAGCACCUGGAGACCGAGGUCAAGAGACUGCAGCAGGAAAACCUGCAGGUGCUGUGUGAGGUGCGGGCGCUGCGGGUGACCCGGGACGAGCUGGAUGCGCUCCGAGAGAAGGCCGUGCGGGUGGAGCGGCUGGAGAGUGAGGUGAAGCGCUGCAGAGAGAAGCUCCAGCACAUGCAGUUCUUCCAGACCAGAGUGGAGGAGCUGAAGGAGGACAGUCAGGUGCUGCUGGAGACCAGGAGUGUGCUGGAGGACCAGCUGGAGUCGUACAGAGCUCGCUCAGAUAAACACCACCAGCUGGAGAAGGAGAACCUGCUGCUGCAGAGCAAGAUCCAUGAGCUGGAGAUGGAGCGAGACAUGGACAGGAAGCGCAUGGAGGAUCUGCUGGAGGAGAACCUGGCGCUGGAGAUGGCCCAGAAACAGAGCAUGGACGAGUCUCUACAUCUGGGCUGGGAGCUGGAGCAGCUCUCCAAGACCACACCUGCGCUCUCUGAAGUGCUGCAGAAGUCUCUGGGGGACGAGGUGAACGAGAUGACCUCCAGUCAGCUGCUGAAGCUGGAGAAGGAGAACCAGAUGCUGCUGAAGAGCCUGGAGGAGCUGAAGAGCGGCGCACACCUCCACCUGGACAGAGACCUCCACCUGGAGAGAGACCUCCACCUGGAGAGAGACCUCCACCUGGAGAGAGACCUCCACCUGGACAGAGACCAGCAGAAGCUCAGACAGCAGGUGAAGGGUCUGGAGCAGGAGAACGAUCAUCUGAACCAGACCAUCGCCUCUCUCAGACAGCGCUCUCAGGUCAGCGCCGAGGCUCACGUCAAAGACAUCGAGAAGGAAAACCGCGUCCUGCACGAGUCCAUCAAAGAGACCAGCAGCAAGCUCAACAAGAUGGAGUUUGAGCGCAAACAACUUCGCAAAGACCUGGAGCACUAUAAAGAGAAAGGAGAAAGAGCCGAGGAGCUGGAGAUGGAGGUCCAUCGACUGGAGCGAGAGAAGGAGAGUCUGCAGAAGCGUCUCGCUGCUCUCUCCAUCACCUGUGGGAAGGUGGAGGUGCUGGAGAAGGAGAACGCUGAGCUGGAAGCAGAGAGCAGGAAACUGAAGAAAGCGGCGGACGGUCUGAGGAACGUUUCCUAUCAGCUGGAGGUGCUGGAGAAGGAGAACACUCAGCUGGAUGAAGAAAACCUGGCGCUCCGGCGCAUGGUGGAGUCUUUACGGUCCACCGGAGCAAAGGCUGCUCAGCUGGAGCUGGAGAACAAAGAGCUGGAGAGCGAGAGAACCCAACUCAAGAAGAGUCUCGAGCUCCUGAAGGCUUCGUCCAAAAAAAACGAGCGUCUGGAAGUCAGUUACCAAAGCCUGGAGGCAGAGAACCAGCGGCUCCAGAAAGCCCUGGAGAGCGGCAGCCGCAAGAUUCAGCAGCUGCAGGGAGAACUGCAGGACACGGAGAUGGAGAACCAGAGCCUGCAGCAGAGCCUGGAGGAGCUGAAGAUCUCCAGCAAAGGUCUGGAGCAGCUGGCGCAGGAGAACACGGCCCUGGAGCAGGAGAACAACCAGCUGGAGAGAGACAAGAAGCAGCUGGAGAAGGAGAACAAGCGGCUGCGACAGCAGGCUGAAAUCAAAGACUCCAGACUCGAUGAAGACAACCUGCGCAUCUCUCACCUCGAGAAGGAGAACCGCACGCUGGGCAAGGAGCUCACCGCUCUCAAAGACACGUGUGGCCGCGUCAAAGACUUGGAGAAGGACAAUAAAGAACUGGUCAAACAAGCAACCAUAGACAAGAAGACCCUGGUCACUCUGAGAGAGGAGCUUGUCAAUGAGAAAUUAAAGACCCAGCAGAUUAACAAUGACCUGGAGAAGCUGACCCAUGAGCUGGAGAAGAUCGGCCUGGAUAAAGAGGGGCUUCUGCGUGAUGAAGAGAGCUCUGAUGACAGGUUUAAGCUUCUGGAGUGUAAGCUGGAGUCCACUCUCAAGUCCUCUCUGGAGAUUAAAGUGGAGAAGAUCGCUGCUCUAGAAGCCCGACUGCAGGAGUCCUCCAACCUCAACCAGCAGCUGCGGCACGAGCUCAAAACGGUGAAGAAGAACUACGAGGCUCUGCGUCAGCGUCAGGAGGAGGAGUGUUCGGCUCAGAGCUCGCCUGCGAGAGGACGGGAGGACACUCAGAGCAAAUGGGAGAAGGAGAGUCAGGAGGCCACGCGAGAGCUUCUGAAGCUCAAAGACCGACUCAUAGAGGUGGAGAGGAACAACGCCACUCUCCAAGCAGAGAAGCAGGCUCUCCGGACGCAGCUGAAGCAGCUGGAGUCUCAGAGCGGCAAUCUCCAGGCACAGAUCCUGGCUCUUCAGAGACAGACCGCGUCCCUACAGGAGAACAACACCACGCUACAAACACAGAACGCCAAACUACAGGUGGAGAACUCGACACUGAACUCUCAGAGCGCCGCUCUCAUGUCCCAGAAUGCUCAGCUGCAGACGCAGCAGUCCGGCACAGAGAGCGAGAGGGACGUGGCCAUUCGAGAGAAGGAAGAGCUGCGCUCGGUCUACGAUCUGCUGCUACACGACCACGAGAAGCUGUCUGCGCUGCACGAGAGACAGGCCUCAGAGUACGAGGAUCUGAUCGGCAAACACGGAGAGCUGAAGAGCGGCCACAAGAGCCUGGAGCUGCAGCACCGCAGUCUGGAGAACAGGUACAAUCAGCUGCUGAAGCAGAAGAGCGAGCUGGAGCAGCUGGAGAGAGAGCUCACAGCAGAGCGAGAGAAGAUGAUGUCUGACAGCAGGAGUCAUCAGGACACGGCCGCACAGUACCAGAGGCUCAGCGAGGAGCACCACACGCUGAGCUCCACACACCAGCAGCUCCUGAAGGACAACGAGCUCCUGCAGACAGAUCAUAAGAGCCUCAAGAGUCAGCUGAACACGGCUCGGCUGGAGCAGACGCGUCUGGAGGCAGAGUUCUCCAAACUCAAAGAACAGUACCAGCAGCUGGACAUAACCUCCACCAAACUCACCAACCAGUGCGAGUUGUUAAGUCAGCUGAAGGGGAACCUUGAGGAAGAGAACCGGCAUUUGCUGGAUCAGAUCCAGACCCUCAUGCUGCAGAACCGGACCCUGCUGGAGCAGACCAUGGAGAGCAAAGACCUGUUCCACGUCGAGCAGAGACAGUACAUUGAUACACUCAAUGAACUGAGGAGACAGAAAGAGAAACUUGAGGAGAAGAUCAUGGAUCAGUAUAAAUUUUGUGACCCAUCACCUCCACGAAGGAGGGGCAACUGGAUCACGCUGAAGAUGAAGAAACUGAUCAAGCCAAAGAGUCGUGAGCGUAUGUGCUCUCUCACACAGACCCCACCCCGCUCCGAGUCCAGUGAAGGUUUCCUGAUGCUGCCGCAGCCGGACAGUCAGGACAGCUCAUCCAUCGGCUCCGGAUCCAACUCACUGGAGGACAUGCUAACCCCCCGCAGCAGCACGUUCAAAAAGCUUCCAUUCAUGAGGAACCGAUCCAAGGAGAAAGAUAGAGUGAAGGCCAUCUACCGCCGCUCUGUGUCCAUGAACGACCUGCUGCAGACGAUGGAUCUGUCCGAGGGUCAGUGGUCCAGCAGCGCGGAUCAUCUUGAGGCUCCUGAUGAGGCCAUCAGCUCUCAGCACAGGAAGGAGUUUGGAUCCAUGGACUACGCCGGGCUGACCCUGACCCUGACCAGCGGCCGCAGCGCUCGCCUCCGCUCUGAUACAGGCAGUGCUGUGUCCAGUGAUGACAUCACACAGCCGUCGUCUCAGGAGAACAGUGUGCGGAGAGCUCUGGGUGUGAUGAACAGCAGUGAGAGCAGCGGUGAGGUCUCUGUGAGUCUGGACAGUGUGAGGCAGAGGUCAGCGCAGCACAGCUCUCUGGACACCAGAGCUGCAGGAAGUGAGAGGGUUUCCCUGCAGCAGGACCUGAAGGAGAGCACAGCACCAGCAGAGGUUCUCUCAGCACAGUCGUCUGGUGUGUCCAGAGAGCGGGUGAAGAGCCGUGGUAUCUUGCGCUCGUCCAGCAGCAGGGCUCCACCGGGACGUCCUGGUCUGCAGAAGGCAGAGGGCUCCGGUCUGUCGUCACAGAGCAAGACUGUGUCUGUGUCAGAGCGUCUGGACUCGAGCGCAUGUCUGCCCCGCGCCAGCAGUGUCAUCUCCACCGCCGAGGGCUCCGUCCACCGCUCCAGCUCCAGACAGUGAGUACGGCCCGCUCCCCAGACCCCCGUAGAGCAGCCCUGCACACACAGAGCAGCCCAAGUCGUCCAGCUGCAGGCCUCUCUAGCUCCCUCCUUCAGCCUAGACCCAUGUUCAGAGAGCCUGCGGUGAUGGGCGGAGCUAGAAACCAGAGCAUGUCCCUCAACACGGCUCUCGAUAGCAGCAUGAGCCCUCCCCAUAGAGCCCUGUGAUCACACACUCACACCCCGGGGCCUCGGAGGACAGCCAGGCCAGGAUGCUCCUCUGUUAAUUGACUGAUGGUGUUUGUGUGCAUGUCUUUCUCUCUGUCAUGUGUGUGUUCACGAGUCUGGAGGGACCACAGCUCUAUCUCUUCAUCAUAGUGCUCUUCUGUACUGUCCCGCUGUGGUUCUGCAGGUGAGGAAGUGUUCCAGCACAACAGGAAGUCUCCAAGCAGAAGAGGAGCUCAGAGUCUGUCCUGAGUGCACAGGGUGAGGGUCAGGAUCCUCCUCAGCUGCUCUUCAUCAGGAAACACACUCAAUCUCUGCUGUUUGCUGAAGGUCCCUCUGAACUGACUGUCUCUGUUAAAUGAGUUGUAAAUAUCUGCGAUCAGUUCAUUGUUCCUCGCUUCAUUCUGCAGGUUUAUUUUCAUGAUAAAUGUGUAAUGACUGCUAGCAGUGUUAUGUCUGAGGAUCGCUCCUGUUAUUUCCUCACACGUGAUCAGAGAGACGAGCACAGUACUGACAGAAAUAUUCAUCAUAGAAAUUAAUGUUUUACCAGCCUUAUAAAGAAAAAAGCAAUAUUUUAAAGAAAUGACCCUUUAUUUAUCAAAGAUGCAUUAAAUGAAAAGUGACAGUAAAGACAUUUGUCACAGUAGAUUUCUAUUAUUAUAUAUCUGUGAAUCCUGAAAAAUAAAAUGUAUCACGGUUUCCACAAAAAUAUUGUUUUUGUAUUUUCAACACUGAUAAUAAUCAGAAAUGUUUCUUGAGCAGUAAAUCAUCAUAUUAUUGUGAU